AUGAGUGCGUUCCCAUGUGUGACCCCACAGGGGUCCAUGGGACGCCAGGCCAACAGGAGCUCGCUGGAGGAGGUUCCUGUAGCUGGCUCUGGGCCCCGGCACAGCUUGGGUGUGCAUCAUGUCUCCUACAGCGUCAGCUAUCGUGUUGGGCCCUGGUGGGACGUCACAUCCUACCGACAACAGUGGAACAGGCAAAUCCUGAAAGAUGUAUCCCUGUACGUGGAGAGCGGGCAGAUCUUGUGUAUCCUGGGGAGCUCAGGUUCUGGGAAGACCACGUUGCUGGAUGCCAUGUCCGGGAGGCUGCGGCGCAAGGGGACCCUCCUGGGGGAAGUGUGCGUGAAUGGGAAGGUUUUGCGUCGCGACCAGUUCCAAGACUGCUUCUCCUACGUGCAGCAGAGCGACACGCUGCUAAGCAACCUCACCGUGCGGGAGACGCUGCACUACACCGCGCUGCUGGCUGUGAGACGCCGCUCCCAAGACACCGUGCAUAAGAAGGUGGAGGAAGUCAUGGCAGAACUGAGUCUGAGCCACGUGGCUGACCAACUGAUUGGCAACUACGGCUUUGGGGGCAUUUCCAGUGGUGAGCGGCGCCGGGUCUCCAUAGCAACCCAGCUGAUCCAGGAUCCCAAGGUCAUGCUGUUCGAUGAGCCGACCACAGGCCUGGACUGCAUGACUGCAAACCAGAUUGUCAUCCUCUUGGCCGAGCUGGCUCGCAGGGACCGCAUUGUGAUCCUGACCAUCCACCAGCCCCGCUCAGAGCUCUUCCGGCUCUUUGACAAAAUCGCCAUCCUGACCUACGGGGAGCUGGUGUUCUGCGGCACACCCACAGAGAUGCUGGAUUUCUUUGAGGGCUGUGGUUACCCCUGUCCGGAACAUUCAAACCCCUUUGACUUCUACAUGGACUUGACAUCAGUGGAUACUCAAAGUAAGGAACGGGAACUAGAGACCUACAGAAGAGUCCAGAUGAUUGGGGAAGCCUACAGGAAAUCGGCAAUUUGUCAUGAAACUUUGGAGAAUAUCGAAAGACUGAAACACCUGAAAACGUUACCCAUGAUCCCUUUCAAAAUCAAAGAUCCUCCUGGAACUCUGUUGAAACUGGGUGUUCUUCUGAGGAGAGUGAUGACAAAUUUACUGAGAAAUAAGCAGGGAGUAAGUAUGCGUCUGCUCCAGAACCUCAUCAUGGGGCUGUUCGUCAUUUUCUUCCUUCUGCGGGUCCAGGACGAGGUGCUCACAGGUGCGAUCCAGGACCGCGUGGGCCUCCUGUACCAGUUUGUGGGUGCCAUGCCCUACACAGGCAUGCUCAACGCCCUGAACUUGUUUCCUGCGCUGCGAGCCGUCAGCGACCAGGAGAGUCAAGACGGCUUGUACCAGAAAUGGCAGAUGCUCUUGGCCUAUGUGAUUCAUGCCCUGCCCUUCAGCAUUGCUGCCACGCUGCUUUGCACCAGUGUGUGCUACUGGACUCUGGGCUUAUACCCGGAGGCUGCCAGAUUUGGAUAUUUCUCUGCUGCUCUCCUGCCGCCUCACUUAAUUGGGGAAUUUCUAACGCUGAUGAUACUUGGCUUUGUUCAAAAUCCAAACAUAGUCAACAGUGUGGUGGCUCUGCUGUGUGUGGCUGGUGUGCUUGUUGGAUCUGGAUUCCUCAGAAACUCACAAGAAAUGCCCCUUCCUUUUAAGAUCUUCAGUUACCUUACAUUCCAAAGGUAUUGCUGUGAGAUCCUUGUAGUCAAUGAAUUUGAUGGACUGAAUUUCACUUGUGGUGGCCCAAAUGGUUCUAUGAUUUCUCACCCAAUGUGUACCUUCACUCAAGGAAUUCAAUACAUUGAAAGCAACUAUCCCGGUGCAACAUCCAGAUUCACAGAAAACUUCUUGAUUUUGUAUGCAUUUAUCCCAGUUCUCGUCAUCUUAGGAAUAGUUGUUUUUAAAAUAAGGGAUUACAUCAUUAGCAGAUAGUAAUGAAUAAUGCUGGGAAAAUGGACCUGAAGCUGCUACAGGUGCAUGACUGCUUUGAAUGUCUGGACUAGGUUUGCUGUGUAUUUCUGUCCCGAUGGCACAUUAAGAAGAUUCCAUCUGUGCUCCUAGGAUCCAUUUAGACCUUGAGCACAAUGGAACCGGCUCAUAGCCCCUUGCUGUGUGAAA